GGGGACUCUGAUGUCCGGAUUUGAGCGGGAAUUGAAACCGCCUUGACCCUGCGAGUACCGACCCCGCCAACUGGGACUUCAGUGCUGCAAAGUGUUCAGCCUUGGAAGGGACCAUGGUGCGGCCCCAGAGACAGAAGAAGUCAGUCGAUUACUCACAGUUUGAUGACUCUGACAGUGAUGAUGAUUUUGUUGCUGCCACUGCCCCCUUAAACAAGAAACCCAAGACAAAAUUAAAAGAAGAGAGACCAAACCCCAAAUUGAAAACUCUCCAGAAAGACGACAUACCUCAAGAGGAAGCCCCUAAAAAAAGGAUGGCUCUGGAUGACAAGCUCUAUAAGAGAGACUUAGAAGUUGCCCUGGCGCUGUCCGUGAAGGAACUUCCAACAGUCCCUGCUGGCGUGGCGGAGUUUCCGGAUAAAAGUGUUGAAAAGCUCGACCGUGAUGGACUAGAAACAGUGACCAGGUCCCCCCACAUCUCCAACUGCAGCGUUGCCGGUGACUAUUUGGAUCUGGAUAAGAUUACCGAGGAAGAAGACCUUCACGGCGUCCAGGGAAUAAGAAAAGCAGCGUCGAAAGCUGUGGCCCAGCAGAGGAUGAUGGUCCUGGAGGGCAGUGAUGGGGAGAGGUCUGAGGAGUCUGAGGAGUCUGAGCCAGACUUUGCCACGGGGGAAGAGUCCAAGGAUGAGUCUGACUUCGAAGAGAGCGACGAUGAGGAUGAAGACAUGACUGUAAGGAAAAGUAAAGGAAGUAAAGUGAAAGACGUGAAAAGGAAAGACGUGAAGGUCAAACCCCCCGUUGAGAAGAGAGAGAAGAAACCCAGAUCAAGAUGUAAGGCUUUGGCGACCUCGGUAGCCUCUGCUCCAGCUGCUGUCAAAGCAGAAUGUCUGUCCCCAUCAAACACGGGGUUUCUUUCUUCAGCGGCCCCUAGAACACCACUGCAAGCACACAGUGCUCCCGCCGAGAGCAAGAGACCCAAGUGGACCCCACCAGCCGCGUCUGGAAGCAGCAGCGGGGGCCGACCCCUGGCAGCCGUGUCCAUGAAGUCUCCCGGCCAGAGUCUCCGCCUUGGCCUGUCCAGGCUCGCCAGAGUUAAGCCUUUGCAUCCCAGUGCCACAAGCGUCUGAGCGUGCGGGAAAAGAAACGGCUGGCGAGGAGGGCCACCGUUUUUGCAGACGUGUUCAUAUUUGAUUUGUAUUUAUAUUCAAGGACGUUGCUGUGAUACAAAGGAACCCGAAAGCCUUGUCUCAUAAACUGUCUCUUCCCAUUUUAUUAUGUCCUCUGAAAAGCGGCUCACACCUUCAUGAAGAGGUUCAUUUCCGUGUCAUUUUCUUCUGGAGUUCGGGUGCUGUGGUCCUUCUGCAGAAUUGUCAUCUUCCUUCAGUGUGACCUGGAGGAGGGUCCCCUUCCACACGCUCCUCUUCUUUGGGCGCCUUACCCAUUUCGAGCUUAUCGAGCCGAAGGACUCGUUCCGUUUCUUCAGGCGACAGUUCUGAAAUUGUGGCAGUGACCGAGGCGGUGUCGGGGCUCAGUUGCAAGGAUGUUUCAUAUUUAAGCCAUAUGUUUUAUAGGAGAAAUUCAGGAUUAUUUUCUAAAUGGAAACCAUUGCUAUGCUAUGUGUAUGUCAUG